AUGAGUGGUUACACAGUAGUUGCUGUAUUAAUAGUUGUUAUUGCUGUAUCAUGUUUAGCAUGGGUUUUUGCUCCAAAAGAAAAUACAACAGUAUUUAGAUCAUCAGUUAUAUUAGGUUUAGCUAUGUGUUAUCUAAUGUGGGCCAUUACAUAUCUAGCUCAAUUACAUCCAUUAGAAGCCCCAAGGAGGUCAGAUUUAAGACCAGAAUUUGCUGAUUAG